CCCCGCCUCCCUCCCGGGCAUGUGAAACCCUCGGGCCGCCCUCGGACUCUGCGCACGCGGCAACUUUGCUUUUCUCCGCGCCGGGGCCGCGGGGGUUAGCGGCGGGCGCGCGGGGCCAGGCGCUCGGCUCGGGCCAGACGCGCCCGCGGGCCGCCGCCCACCAUGAGCGACGAGAGCGCCCGGGACCUGGAGAAGCAGCUUCGCCUGCGAGUGUGCGUGCUCAGCGAGCUGCAGAAGACCGAGCGCGACUAUGUGGGCACGCUGGAGUUCCUGGUGUCGGCAUUUUUACAUCGAAUGAACCAGUGUGCAGCAUCAAAAUUUGAUAAAAAUGUAACAGAAGAAACAGUAAAGAUGCUGUUCUCAAAUAUUGAAGAUAUCCUUGCAGUACAUAAGGAAUUUUUAAAAGUUGUGGAAGAAUGCUUAUAUCCAGAACCUAAUGCUCAGCAAGAAGUGGGAACCUGCUUUCUUCACUUUAAAGACAAGUUCCGCAUCUAUGAUGAAUAUUGUAGUAACCAUGAGAAGGCACAAAAGUUGCUUUUUGAACUUAAUAAAAUAAGAACAAUCCGGACAUUUCUUUUGAACUGUAUGCUUCUUGGAGGACGGAAGAACACAGAUGUUCCCCUGGAAGGAUAUUUAGUAACACCUAUACAAAGAAUAUGCAAGUACCCUCUCCUUCUGAAGGAGUUGCUGAAGCGGACUCCAAGGAAACACAGUGACUAUGCAGCGGUGAUGGAAGCCCUCCAAGCCAUGAAAGCUGUCUGCUCCAACAUCAAUGAGGCCAAGAGACAGAUGGAGAAGCUGGAAGUUUUAGAGGAAUGGCAGUCUCACAUUGAAGGCUGGGAGGGGUCCAACAUCACUGACACAUGUACUGAAAUGCUAAUGUGUGGCGUUCUGUUGAAAAUUUCUUCUGGGAACAUUCAAGAACGGGUGUUUUUUCUUUUUGAUAAUCUUUUGGUGUAUUGCAAAAGAAAACACAGACGGUUGAAGAAUAGCAAGGCGUCCACAGAUGGACAUCGGUACCUUUUUCGUGGCCGGAUCAAUACAGAGGUAAUGGAAGUAGAGAAUGUGGAUGAUGGCACAGCUGACUUCCACAGUAGUGGACACAUUGUUAUUAAUGGAUGGAAAAUACAUAACACAGCAAAAAAUAAAUGGUUUGUGUGUAUGGCAAAAACUCCAGAAGAAAAACAUGAAUGGUUUGAAGCUAUCUUGAAAGAAAGAGAACGGCGAAAAGGUUUAAAGUUAGGAAUGGAGCAAGACACCUGGGUAAUGAUUUCUGAACAAGGUGAAAAACUUUAUAAAUUGAUGUGCAAACAAGGAAAUCUCAUCAAAGACAGAAAAAGAAAACUGACUACAUUCCCGAAAUGUUUCCUUGGAAGUGAAUUUGUGUCCUGGUUGCUGGAAAUUGGGGAAAUCCACAGGCCUGAGGAAGGUGUACACUUGGGUCAAGCAUUGCUGGAAAAUGGAAUCAUCCAUCAUGUUACUGAUAAACAUCAAUUCAAACCAGAACAGAUGUUGUAUAGAUUUCGUUAUGAUGAUGGAACAUUUUAUCCAAGAAAUGAGAUGCAGGAUGUUAUUUCAAAGGGUGUAAGACUAUAUUGCCGUCUUCAUAGUCUAUUUACUCCAGUCAUAAGAGAUAAAGAUUACCAUUUAAGGACGUACAAGUCUGUGGUCAUGGCUAACAAACUGAUAGACUGGUUAAUUGCACAGGGGGAUUGCCGCACCAGAGAAGAGGCAAUGAUAUUUGGCAUUGGACUCUGUGACAAUGGAUUUAUGCACCACGUCCUUGAAAAAAGUGAAUUUAAAGAUGAACCUUUACUUUUCCGAUUUUUUGCGGAUGAGGAAAUGGAAGGCUCAAAUAUGAAGCAUCGACUUAUGAAACAUGAUUUGAAAGUUGUGGAAAAUGUUAUAGCUAAGUCAUUACUGAUUAAAUCCAAUGAAGGAAGCUAUGGCUUUGGUUUAGAAGACAAAAACAAAGUGCCCAUAAUAAAGUUGGUUGAAAAGGGGUCUAAUGCUGAGAUGGCUGGCAUGGAAGUUGGAAAAAAGAUUUUUGCUAUUAAUGGUGACCUUGUUUUUAUGAGACCUUUCAGUGAAGUGGAUUGCUUUCUGAAAUCAUGCUUAAACAGCAGAAAACCACUAAGAGUUCUUGUGAGCACAAAACCAAGAGAGACAGUGAAAAUCCCAGACUCGGCAGAGGGACUUGGAUUCCAGAUCCGAGGAUAUGGCCCAUCAGUGGUACACGCAGUGGGCAGAGGGACCGUGGCUGCAGCAGCUGGUCUUCACCCUGGACAGUGUAUUAUUAAAGUGAAUGGAAUCAAUGUCAGCAAAGAAACACAUGCCAGUGUGAUUGCUCAUGUUACAGCGUGCAGGAAAUACAGGCGACCAAUGAAGCAAGACUCCAUUCAGUGGGUUUAUAAUAGCAUUGAGAGUGCUCAAGAAGAUCUUCAGAAGUCUAAUUCAAAAACCCCAGGAGAUGAAGCAGGUGAUGCUUUUGAUUGCAAAGUAGAAGAGGUAAUCGACAAGUUCAACACCAUGGCCAUCAUUGAUGGAAAGAAGGAGCACGUGAGUCUCACAGUGGAUAACGUCCACCUGGAGUAUGGUGUUGUGUAUGAGUACGACAGCACAGCUGGGAUAAAGUGCAAUGUGGUGGAAAAGAUGGUGGAACCCAAAGGUUUCUUCAGCCUCACUGCAAAGAUUCUCGAAGCGCUGGCUAAAAGUGAUGAUCAUUUUGUUCAAAACUGCACCAGUCUUAACUCACUAAAUGAAGUGAUUCCUUCAGAUCUUCAAAGUAAAUUCAGUGCCAUUUGCAGUGAAAAAGUGGAGCACAUUUGUCAGAGAAUAUCCAGUUACAAAAAGUUUUCUCGUGUACUAAAGAAUAGAGCCUGGCCCACAUUUAAACAAGCCAAGUCAAAAAUAUCCCCUCUACACAGCAGUGAUUUCUGCCCGACCAACUGCCAUGUUAAUGUGAUGGAAGUUUCAUAUCCCAAAACUUCCACGUCCCUGGGGAGUGCUUUUGGGGUUCAGUUGGACAGUAGGAAACAUAAUUCUCAUGAUAAAGAAAAUAAAUCUUCUGAACAAGGGAAGCUGAGCCCUAUGGUAUACAUUCAACAUACAAUCACAACCAUGGCGGCCCCCUCAGGACUGUCUCUGGGGCAGCAAGAUGGAAACGGACUCCGCUAUUUACUAAAAGAAGAGGACUUAGAGACACAAGAUAUCUAUCAGAAACUGCUGGGUAAACUUCAGACUGCGCUGAAAGAGGUGGAGUUGUGUGUUUGUCAAAUAGAUGAUCUUCUGUCUUCAAUUACGUAUUCUCCUAAAUUAGAACGCAAGACAUCAGAGUGUAUAGUUCCAACAGACAGUGACAAUGAGAAGGGAGAACGAAAUUGCAAGCGAGUUUGUUUUAAUGUAGCAGGAGAUGAGCAGGAAGAUUCAGGCCAUGACACCAUCAGUAACAGGGACUCUUACAGUGACUGCAACAGCAACCGGAACUCCAUCGCGUCCUUCACAAGCAUUUGCAGCAGCCAAUGCAGUUCCUAUUUUCACAGUGAUGAGAUGGACUCAGGUGAUGAGCUUCCGCUAAGUGUUCGCAUUUCUCACGACAAACAGGACAAGAUACAUAGCUGUCUUGAGCAUCUUUUCAGCCAGGUGGAUUCAAUUACCAAUCUCCUAAAAGGGCAAGCUGUUGUGAGGGCCUUUGAGCAAACCAAGUACCUCACACCAGGUCGAGGAUUACAAGAAUUUCAACAGGAAAUGGAACCAAAAUUGUGCUGCCCCAAAAGAAUAAGACUUCACAUCAAGCAGGAUCCUUGGAAUCUUCCCAGCAGUGUCCGGAGUCUUGCUCAGAACAUCAGAAAAUUUGUUGAAGAAGUCAAGUGUAGGAUACUUCUGGCUCUUCUUGAAUAUUCAGACAGUGAGACGCAGCUCCGGAGAGACAUGGUUUUUUGCCAAAGCCUGGUGGCCACUGUCUGUGCCUUCUCUGAGCAGCUCAUGGCCGCCUUAAACCAGAUGUUUGACAAUAGCAAGGAAAAUGAGAUGGAAACAUGGGAGGCCAGCAGAAGGUGGCUGGAGCAGAUUGCCAAUGCAGGUGUUCUGUUUCACUUCCAAUCUCUUCUGUCACCGAACUUGACAGAUGAACAGGCCAUGCUAGAAGAUACACUGGUUGCACUAUUUGAUUUGGAAAAGGUUUCUUUUUACUUUAAGCCAUCAGAAGAAGAACCACUGGUUGCUAAUGUUCCUCUAACAUAUCAAGCCGAAGGAAGCCGGCAAGCUCUGAAAGUUUACUUCUACCUAGAUAGUUAUCAUUUUGAACAACUGCCUCAAAGGUUGAAAAAUGGAGGAGGGUUCAAAAUUCACCCUGUUCUUUUUGCUCAAGCACUGGAGAGCAUGGAAGGUUAUUAUUAUAGAGACAAUGUUUCGGUGGAAGAAUUUCAAGCCCAAAUAAAUGCUGCCUCUCUGGAAAAGGUCAAACAGUACAACCAGAAGCUCAGAGCAUUCUACUUGGACAAGUCAAAUUCACCACCAAACUCCACAUCCAAGGCUGCAUACGUAGAUAAGCUAAUGAGGCCUCUCGAUGCUUUGGAUGAACUUUACCGACUCGUUGCCUCAUUUAUCAGAUCCAAGCGCACAGCUGCCUGUGCAAACACAGCUUGCAGUGCCUCCGGAGUUGGACUACUCUCAGUUUCUUCGGAGCUCUGUAGCAGGCUCGGCGCCUGCCACAUCAUCAUGUGCAACAGUGGCGUGCAUCGGUGUACACUAAGUGUGACGCUGGAGCAGGCCAUCAUUCUGGCCAGAAGCCAUGGACUGCCCCCUCGCUAUAUUAUGCAGGCAACAGAUGUAAUGCGGAAGCAGGGAGCACGAGUUCAGAACACAGCAAAGAACUUAGGGGUCAGAGAUCGGACCCCACAGUCUGCUCCAAGGCUAUACAGACUGUGUGAGCCACCUCCCCCAGUUGAAGAUUGAAGAGAAUCCCCAAGGAACCAGGCAAGCAGAAGCUUCUCAACGCUACAGACGACAAAGGAUGUGCUGGCUAAACAUUUUUAACUCAAUAUAAAGAAAUGCUUCACCACGUAAAUAACUAAUAUUUGGAAAAAAUCAUCCUGUAAAUGGAUAGACAUUCAUUUACAUGAUACAGCUUCACAAACUGAUUUCUCUGUGUAUUGACAUUAAAUAUCCUAAAAUUCAUCCCUGGAAUUUAUGGUUCUACUAUUGGACAUGAAAAAAAAAAAACCAUUGUGCCUCCUCUCUUGUUUAUUUCAUGUAUUUUAUUGUGUUUGUUUUCAUCUUCUCCAAAUGGGAUCAUGUAAUAAUGGAUAUUUUUACUUGAAGAAGUCUGUCACUGAAGAAAUGUAGCCAGGUCUUCUAAAUCAUACUACGAUACUGAAGAUGGCUUGAUUUGGGGUGUUGUGUUUUCAAUAUACUGCUUGAAUUAGAAAAGUUCAUGAGUGGAAGGCGGAGACCAUCCUUUUUUAAAUUCUGCUUGUAAGGGUGGGUUUCUUAGUAGCAGACAAGAGAGCUGAUUUCAUCUCUGCAGCAUGAUGUUCCAGUUUAGGAGAAGAUUUAUGCUCCAGGUCAGUUCUAGCAAACUAGUUCUGUAAUUGCUCUCUGCAUGCACACCAGAUUGUGCCUUUGGUAACCUAGAGGUGAGCCAAGUAGGACUGGUGGAAGGGAGGUAAGAAAAGAAACCUAAAAGAACUUUGUUACAACUUUCAUUGAUCUGUUAGACUCAAUAGAAGACACCAUGUUGAACAGUUUUCUAUCAAGGUAUAUCUACAAGACAUAAAAAUAAAGCUUUAUUUGUCAAAACUUUAAAAGGACCUCCAGGGUCUCUGAUGGUUAAUGGAAGCACAGGUGUUACUCUAUUUUCAUUCUAAAGUAUAUGUAAUGUUUAUCAUUUCUCCAUUGAUAAAAUCACAUUUUUAGCAUAGUUAUUAUGGUAAUAUAAAUAAAUCCAUAAUUUUAAACAAUUAAAAUUCCCUAAUAUUAUUAUUGUAAUUUUCAUAAUUAUAUAAAUUUAGACUCCGUGGGUGACAUGCCUUUCAGAAUCAAACUAUUUACUGACCAUUACAUUUUAAUUUUUGAAAUUUGAUGACAGCUCUUAAAAUUAAAAAUAAAAUUUUAAUACUAAAAUUAAAAUCUUUUCAUUAUUGCCAUUUAUGUGUUGACUAACAAAAAUUCUCUUACAUAUGUGUAAUAUGUUUUGGAUCCUGGUAAUAAUAAUUGGUAUUUGGCACGGAAGCACUUAAGACUGGUCAUAAGUUUGUAUGUAUAAAGAAAAACAAGCAUGUGCAUGAGAAAUUUCUAUGAAUAGCAUUGUAAACCUCAAUUUAUUCUUUUAAUUUUAAAAAAGAAAAACAAACCAGUAUUAAGGUUUUAAAAAAAUAAAUUCAAAUAAGUGGUUUGAAUUUAAUUACCAUAAAACCUUAAUGUAAAUAUCUAUAUUAAGUCUGUCCUUCAAUGUCAGAAAUUUAUCCUUACUUUCACAACAACUGCUCCAAUCCAGUGGCAUUAGUAAAUCGUAAUAUUCGUGUACUUAAAGUUUUAUUACAUUCAACACAAACUUUGAGAGUUAAUGAGUGAGCAAAAUCGAUGCACUAGCAAACGCAUUUCAUACUGUCAUUACUUUAUUUUCUGAUCAUUGUGCUGUAAGCAGCAGUCCUCAUUAUAGAGGCAAAAAGAGAUCCCUAACAUUUUAGCUGUACUUUACUCUGUUUCAUGGGUAAUGUUAUCUAUCAUUGUGUUAUUUGUAAAUUGGCAUAUUUAGCAAGAUUUAGUCUCUAUAUGACAGAAUGUGUUGAACAUAAUGCAAGUGUACCAUAUUUUAGUGUUCUUGGCAUUUAUUAGAUGCUUAAAAGUUAGUAAUGAUGUAUGUAAUAUCAGUCACUGACAUUUUUUAUUUAAUACAAAUUUUAGCUAACACUAGGGGGUUACUUAAUUACUAGUAAUUACUCUCUGCCAAGCAAUGCUUCUAGUUGCUUCAAGUUUACUUUUUUGUUAUUGUUUCCCCCAAUUUUUUAUAGCACACCUAGGUAGCACUCUUUUCAUCACCUUCAUUUUGUAAUAGAGGAAUCAAAUCCAAGAAUAGUUUAAAAUCUUGCCCAUGUCCACACACAAUAUGUAAUAUAUAUCUGCGUACAUAUAUAUUUAUUUAUAUAAUACAAAUAACAGUUUUAGCCAUAUUUUGAAGUCUCAGAAAAAAUAAAAUUUGACUAUUAUUCUAAAUGGUAGUCACAGAAAUGUUUAAGGAAUAAAUGAAUAAAAUAAUUUUUCAAUAUCUUAAUGCAGUUCAUUAUAAUAUUUAAUAUCAUUUAGUUUAUAGAAUGGAUUACCUAAAUGCUCACAUAGUUCUCUACAAUUCCUUUAAUCAUUGUUGAUCUUUCAACCUCUCUGCUUGGACAUCUGCCUCUCUUAAAGGAAAGUCUAUGUAAAAAUUUUGACUCAACAUGGAUUUUGAUCAAAAAUUAACUGUUAUUUCAAAAUUACUUCAUCUUAAACAUAUAUUCGUGUCUUAUGAAGUUUUCUAAUAUUACAUAUUAUAAAAUUUAAUAUAUUGAAAGUAUAAGUAUAAAGUAUAACUUGAGAAGACGACUUUCACACCUAUUUCGAUGCAUAGUCUUAGAAAAAAGAAACAAUAUGGUAUCAGUUUUCAUUAUACUGAACAAAAAUGUUGAAUUUAGAUGAUAUGGUUUAUUUAUGAACUAGUACCACAAUCUUUGAAGUCUCAUAGUUUCUAUCUAUAAAUCACAUUAUUCCUGUGGCUCAGGACAUCAGCAUCCAUACUACAACAUUUAAUUUGAAAAUAGGUUAAUUUCUGUGAUACAAGAAUAUGUAAAAAAUUGUAAUGGCGUUUACUUUUUAUUCUAUAAAUUUUAACUUUUUUGAUAUUAAGUAAAGGAUAAAAAUAACAUCUGCACUGUCUGUAAAAACCAAGAAAAUGAGUGGAUAAACAACUGAGGGGUUUAUUAACUAAACAAACAAGGCACAGACAGUAUAAACAAAAUUCAAACUUACUGGACUUUGAAGCAGUUAGUUGAGAGUAGUUAUUUUAAGUAUUGGAAGGUAAUGAAUUUGUAUUUAUACUAUUAAAAUCACAAAGAUCUUUUUCUAUAUAGCAUGGUAUGGUACAGAUAACUAUUAUAAAAGCAUUACUAUAAGUCAUUCUAUUGUACAUUUUACUCUAGAAGUCUUUCUUAGAAUUGCUUCUCAAAGUAUUAACUAAUUUUGAGUAUAUGGCUAAAUUGCUUCUGAGUUUUCAGAAACUGAUUUUUAAAGACUUCUCUUAAAAUGAGUUAACAGACUGAAUUAUAAUUUAAUUUCCUUCCCAAAGUAGUUAUUUGAUAAAUAUCCUUAUAUUUUUAUUUAUAUAUAUGUGUAUGUAUACAUAUAUAUGUAUGAAAUUCAGUUUAUGGAAUGGUCAUUUUCUCUCCUUAAAAGUAUGAAAUACAAAAGACUUCCAAAAUGGUUUAGCAUGAUCUGAAGUGGAUUAAGAGAAAUACUCUGUGUUCCAUUAAGUUUUUAAAGUUUUGGUGAUAAAAUUUAGAAAAAAAUAUUACCCUACCUAAACUAGAAGAGAUUAUGGAAAGUUACAGAGAUGUCUUUGCCGCAAACAGGCUGAGGUAAAUUUCUCAAACAUGCAAUGACCACAAACUUCAUGCUGCAGCAAUCCCAUUAUUUUUAUGAGUCUUCCUGUUUCAUAAUGGUCUUUAGGUUUAGGGAGAAAAAUUGCUACUUUAAAACUGUCUUUAAUAAUAGUUUCAGCAUUCAAAUUGGCAAGUUACUCAUGCAUGGGACUGUUGGAUAUGAUUGGGGCAUCUUCUAGCUGUCAUUGUGUUGACACAUACCUUCUUCACUCAGGAUAGGUGCUUCUCACUGAGAAGAGAUAUGUGUUUUGCUAAGAUAUAUCAGUAUUAUACUGCAUGCAUAUAUAAACUCAAGCACACUUUAUGUAGCUGGUGCUUUUGCUUUUAUAGCAGUACUGUCUAAAAAUUAGACUCUUUUUGAAUGGAGAUAUGAAAAACAGUUGUUUAAUACAUUGCAUUUUCUGUAGACAUCCAAGGCGCCCAAAUUCAUGGCAAGUAUACCUAGUAAACUAUUGUGCUCUCCAACAUUAAUUUGCUAUUCAAUAUGGAGUCAAUUUAUCUGACUUUUUGUUAUCCAGAAGUAGCUAAUAAAGAACAAAAUUGGUAUUUUUAAUGACAUUUUGAUUUAUAAAUUGAAAGAUUUGGAUAGUUCAUCUGGGGCGCAAAUAAUAAAUAUAACCCACUCAUGCAUUCAUUCAGCAAAUGUGUUUGUACUAGGAACAACUGGUGGUUUUCUGUAUUAGGUGUAUUUAGUUUGAAAACCUUCACAGUACAUUUUCUGUGUUAAUGAUUGCCUGUGUAUAUUAUUUGAAAUGACAUCAUUUGUAAUGCAGACCUUUUCUAGUCUAACGCCAUGUGUGUAUGUGUACAGGGGAAUCAAAAACACGAAGUUGAGGAAAUGCUUUAGAAAACCUACAUUUAAAUUUGAAUAUCUAGUGCCUCAAACAAAUUUAUAAGUGUUGCAGAUAGAAAUAUAUUUUUAUAACUGCCUAGUAGUUGAGUAGAAAAUAGCUUUUGCUUUCAAACUAUUUUAUAAGAAUUCAUUUACACAAUAUUAUUUUAAAUAGUAAAAUAUCCAAUUAGUUCUAUAAGUAAAAUUUUUAAUAUGUGCAUAUUUAACAUUGUAUAACAUUCAAAGUAUAAUGAAAUUUUUCAUUUGAAUGUGAUAUUUUGUGCUUCCUUUUGUAAAGUAUAUGUGUAACAUUGUUUCAAUCAUUUAGUAUUUUGUGUAAGUUGAAAUCAUAGUGUACUUUGUGUUUGUACCAUUUAUUUUGUCUACAUAAAGGACUAUAAUAGUAACAUAAAUGUCAAUAAUAAAGUAAAAUGUAGUAUGAACAUUUUACUUUUUACCAUUAAAAUUUAACCAAUUCUUA